AUGGCCAACCACACUGGACAGCUGGAUUUCAUCCUCGUGGGGCUCUUCAGUCAAUCCAAGCACGCAGCUCUCCUUUGUGUGGUCGUUGUUGUGAUUUUCCUGAUGGCCCUGUCUGGAAACAGCAUCCUGAUCCUCCUGAUAUACUCUGAUACCCACCUCCACACCCCCAUGUACUUUUUCAUCAGCCAGUUGUCUCUCAUGGAUGUGAUGUACAUUUCUGUCACUGUACCCAAGAUGCUCAUGGACCAGAUCACGGGUGUAAGUAAGAUCUCAGCCCCUGAAUGUGGGAUGCAGAUGUUCCUCUACUUGACAAUAGGAGGUUCAGAAUAUUUCCUUCUGGCUGCCAUGGCCUAUGACCGCUAUGUGGCCAUCUGCCAUCCGCUCCGUUACUCUGUUCUCAUGAGCCAUCGUGUGUGUCUCCUCUUGGUGUCCGGCUGCUGGAUCCUGGGAUCGGUGGACGGCUUUAUGCUCACACCCAUCACCAUGACCUUUCCUUUCUGCAGAUCCAGGGAGAUCCAUCAUUUCUUCUGUGAGGUCCCUGCUGUCAUGAAGCUUUCCUGCUCAGACACUUCCCUGUAUGAGACACUCAUGUACCUGUGCUGUGUCCUCAUGCUCCUCAUCCCUGUGACAGUCAUCUCAAGCUCCUAUUCUUUCAUCCUCCUCACCAUCCACAGGAUGAGCUCAGCCGAGGGCCGGAAGAAGGCCUUUGCCACAUGCUCCUCCCACAUGGCUGUGGUCAUCCUCUUCUACGGGGCUGCUGCCUACAACUACAUGCUCCCCAGCUCCUACCACAGCCCUGAGAAAGACAUGGUUGUAUCUGCCUUUUACACCAUACUCACUCCUGCGCUAAACCCUUUAAUCUAUAGUCUUAGGAAUAAGGAUGUCACGGAGGCUCUAAAGAAGAUGUUGAAUGAGGUGUCUGUCUUUCAGAGAAGUAAGCUUUUUUUACAUUAA